UAAAUGGAGUAGGUGGCGGCUGCGGCGGAGCAGGCAGCGGCCAGGCCGAGGUCCUCCCCCCCGUGACGUAAUAGUGUCAGGCCGGCCGUCGAGCACACAUCACUGCGCGCCAUGCUCGUCAAGGAGUAUCGAGUCAUCCUGCCACUCACAGUAGAGGAGUACCAAGUAGCGCAGCUGUACAGUGUAGCGGAGGCGAGUAAGAAUGAGACUGGUGGGGGUGAGGGCGUUGAGGUGCUGAAGAAUGAACCCUUUGAUAACUACCCGCUGCUGGGCAACAGAUACAGCAGUGGACAGUACACCUACAAAAUAUACCACCUUAAAAGCAAAGUGCCGGGCUACAUCCGCAUCCUGGCACCAGAAGGCUCACUAGAGGUGCAUGAGGAGGCCUGGAAUGCUUACCCAUACUGCAGAACCAUCAUCUCUAAUCCUGGCUAUAUGAAGAAAAACUUUAUCAUUUGCAUUGAGACCCUUCAUGCACCUGACAUGGGGACCAUGGAAAAUGCUCAUGAACUCACUGGAGAGAAAUUGAAGUUACGGGAAGUGGUCCCCAUUGACAUCUCAAAUGAUCCUGUCAAAACAGCAGACUACAAGCCCGAUGAGGACCCAACCAAAUUCAAGUCAGAGAGGACUGGGCGAGGCCCCUUAAUAGGCCCAGAGUGGUGGAAAAAGUGUGACCCAGUCAUGACGUGCUACAAAUUAGUAACUUGCGAAUUCAAAUGGUUUGGUCUUCAGACUCGUGUUGAAAGGUUCAUUCAGGAUGUUGAACGCAGACUUUUUACAAACUUCCAUAGGCAAGUGUUCUGCUGGAUGGACAGAUGGCAUGGUAUGACAAUGGAGGACAUUCGCCGGUUAGAGGAUAAAACUAAACAGGAACUUGACAAAGUAUGUGUGAAUAUUGGUCAGCAUAGAAUCUUAAGAUGAUAUAUGUGUAUGUAUA